AUGAAGACCGUUUUCGCUCUCAGCGCUCUGGCCGCUAUCGCCACUGCCCAGGAUCUCUCCAGCCUACCCGCCUGUGGUCAAACCUGUAUCCAGGCCAUGCUCGGCCAGGCCUCCCAGCUUGGCUGCUCUGCCAACGACGCCAAGUGCCUCUGCAACAACGUCAACUUCGGCUACGGCAUUCGUGACUGCACUUCGGAGGCCUGCGGCCACGACGUUUCUGCGCAGGCUGUCAACUACGGUGUUGAGUACUGCAAGGCUCAGGGUGUCACUAUCAACCCGGGUUCUGGCAACGGCAACGGUGGUUCAUCCUCUGGCUCUGCCGCCACCAGCACUGGCAGCGGCAACGGUGCUUCCACCACCGGCUCUGGCGCCGAGUCCACCGGUACCAACAGCGCUGGCUCCUCCACCGGCUCUGGCUCUGAGACUUCCGGAGCUGGUGCCUCUGGAUCUGGUGCCUCCGGAUCUGGUGCCUCUGGAUCUGGUGCCUCUUCCACUGGCUCUGGCGAGGCUACCUCCACCGGCACUGGCGCUGGCUCCGAGACCACUCACUCCGGAGAGGCCACCUCCACUGGAUCUGGCUCUGGUUCCGAGACCACCCAGGCUCCCACCUCCUCUGGCUCCGGCUCUGGAGAGUCUUCCACUGGUAACGGCUCCGGUGCUACCUCCACCACCGGCUCCAAGAACUACGCCGCCCAGGCCACCGUCGGUGCCGUUGCUGCCGCCGCUGGUGUCGCCGCUUUCUUCCUGUAA